AACAACCCUGUUGGCUCAACCUCUGAGCAGCUGGCAACACGUAGGCUACGUGAACAUGUCAGCCUGACUGAGAACCUCGGACAGAAACACGCAGCGGUGGCGGGCAGCAGCAGCCUCGGAACGACUGCCGCAUAAGCGACGGGAUUCGAGUUCACGGCGUUUACCUCCCGACACGUUUCUCUCUCGAGCGAGACCCGACAUGUCGCAGAACAGCAGCUUCGUCUUCAGCAGCACGGCGCUGCGCUCGCUGCAGCUGGACGAGGACAUGCUGGAGCGACACAGACACCAGAGGAGGGCGGCCUCCAGCCAGCUCACCGGCUACAUGCUGAAGAAGGAGGCCCGGAGCCGGCAGCUGCUGGCGUCUGGGACCUCGGCGCCGCCCGCGGUGUGCAAGGACCUGGUCACCCAGAACGCCCUGUACACCGGAGACCUGGAGGCCCUCAGAGAGCUGUUUCCCAAGGACUCCAGGGCCAACUUCAUCAUCGAGCCCCGGGGCGGGGACAUGCGUUGGGUCGCCAGCGGGGAAGGGCUGUGGUCCCUAUCCUACGAGCAGGAGCUGACCACGCCUCUCCACAUCACGGCGUGUCGGGGCUUCGCCGACUGCCUUCGCCUCCUCCUCCAGCGGGGGGCCGACGUGGAGCUGGCUCCCGGCGGCAGCACGGCGCUGCACGAGGCCUGCGAGAGCUGCCAGCCCGAGUGCACCAAGCUGCUUCUGAGCCACGGGGCCAACGCCAACGCCGUCUCCGAGGACGGCCUCAUGCCCCUGCACGUCUGCACCCUGCCGGAGUCCCUCGAAUGUGCCCGGCAGCUCCUCCAGUACGGCGCCGCCAUCACGGCCCGCAGCGUGGACGAGGAGGACACGCCCCUCCACGUGGCGGCCCGGCACGGCCUCCCGGAGCACGCCGACCUCUACCUGCGCUACGGCGCGGCGGUGGACCGCCGCAACGAGGAGGAGCUCACGCCCCUCGGCGCGGCCUGCGCCCACCCCCACGAGGCCCACGAGCUGACCCGCUACCACCGGGUCUGCCAGCUGCUGCUGGCGGCCGGGGCCCGCGUGGGGCCCCUGGACCGCGACAAGCGCACGCCGCUGCACAUGGCGUGCAAGCAGGCCAACGCGGACGUGGUGGAGCUGCUGCUGGCCAACGGGGCGGGGGUGAACGACAUGGACUACGGCGGCGAGGCGCCCAUGCACAACAUCCUGAAGGUGGCGUGUUAUAAGACGGCGCACCAGCCGGAGAGGGUGGUGCAGUCGCUGCUCAACUACGGGUCCAUACGGGUGUGGCCCGGGGCCCUGCCCGUGGUGCUGAAGCACUGCUGCGGGUCUCCUCGUACCGUGGAGGUGCUGCUGAACGCCUACAGCCGGCUGAAGGUCACGGACGCCUGGGUGGAGGCCGUGCCCCUGGAGGUCUUGAAGGAUCACCGGGACUUCUAUGAGUCCCUGUUCUCCCUGGCCCGGACCCCCCGCUCCCUACAGCACCUGGCCCGCUGCAGGGUCCGGGUCUACCUGGAGGGGCGUCUGCUCAGGGUGGUCCCGAAGCUGCCCCUGCCCACCUUUAUCCAGAACUACCUGCUGCUGCACUUCACGGGCUUCGUCCAUUAGGCGUCGUGAUUGGACGCUUGAGAUCCGGAUUGAGUCUCACCACCAGAGGGCGCUGCAGACCUGGGACCGCAGCCUGGGAUCCUGACGCAGAUCUCCAUGGAGCCGCUAAGAUGUAGCUAGAUGAGCCGACUUUGGGAUGUACAGUUGUUGUAUUUUUAUACGUGUCAAAUGAAUCAUGACCAUAGGCAAUGUUGUUUGCCCACGUGGAUCGAGAUGAUAAAAUAUUUUUAUAAAUCCCACAUUUUGAAUUCCUUAAAUAUGCUACAGCCCAAGCCUAUAUAUUGUAGGUCACAGGCCUAACAUUUUUUGAAACUGGCGAAUUUUUGUCAAUAAAUUAAACUUUGCAUUGCUGUU